UCACUCAGCAGUCUGUCAACAACGCAAGCAACAACGAGUUUGUGUCGGCAGGGAGAAGAAAAUGCACACAUAAAGUUUGUGUUUUGGCUUUGUUUUCAAGGCUAGUAUUCACCCUCGAGAAGUGAUGUCCCAAGGAAAUGAGGCUAAAAUGAAGAGGACAUCUGCUGGCUUUUGUUCUUAUGGAUCUUCAAGUCGACACACGUUUGGCCCCUCUGUCAGACUGGAGAAGGCAGGCUCUGGUGUGAAACAUUACCACUGUCUGCACAUACUUCUGCUGGCCGUCCUAUUGGCAGGUCAGGCUUCCUGUGUUGAGACCGAUGAAGCUCUCCCCACUGUUCCUCCAACAAACACACAGCCUUCAGUAUACUCCUUUUUUGUUGUCACUGUGGAUGUCAAGGAAGAGAAAGAUGAAGCGGAGAUCGUUGCCUGGCUUAAACAGGUGUUUGCAAACAAGCUGCACACCUGUCUGUCUCCAAACAUUGAAGAAACCACUGUCGCACCUACCUCCCCACAAACUACCUCUCCAUACACUUCAUAUGAAACAACACUCGUGAAGACAGCAACAUCAACAUUACAAAGCUAUAAUUCAACUACAGCUCUGGCAAUCACUAGGCUAAAGAGCAACAACCAUACUACAAAUGCUACAACUACAACGUUAAAAAGGGACAACACUACUGCAGCUGCAACAGUUACAGUAUUUAAAAGCAUCACCAGAACUCCAGCUGCAUCAACUACAGCGUUAAAAAGCAUCACCAGAACUCCAACUGAAUCAACUACGGAGUUAAAAAGUAUCACCAGAAGACCAGCUGCAUCAACCACAGCGUUUAAAAGCAUCACCAAAACUACAGUUGGAGCAACUUUGUUAAAAGGCCUCACUACAAACGAACCUGGAAGCACACUUUUUUUUAAAACAACAUUGGUAACAAAAGCCACUGGGAACCGCAAAACAAAGAAGCCAAAACCAGAUAACGGAAACAACAAGAGCCUAGUUCGGGAAAUUCGGGCCAGUGUGACAAAAAACAGUGCGACCAUCAGUGGCAUAACAUCUGAUCUAUUUCAAGAUCUUUGUGUUUCAUGCAUCAACAAGACUGCAAUAAAAGAGACCAACUGUUCUGUGUUGCUGAGGCUGAAGCAGCAGGUCCCUUUGUGUUGUAUCUUCCGUACGCUCUAUGAGGCCAGUCAAUCCUCCUCUGACAUCCAUGUGGUGGGAGCAAAUAAAACCGGUAUACCAAAGGACUGCAGUUCCAAUAAUACUGAUCAAGACGUUGAAUUAUGUGAAGACACUGGGACUGUGGCUCCUCUAGGCAACUCAGCACACUGUGGGGCAGUUCAUAACCCCUGCAACUGCUCUGUCUACUGCAAUGGAGUUGAGGCAUUCUACACUUUUCGAUUUUCGGUACAAGAUUCCAUGAUGAACUUUUCGUACGUUUUGUCCAUGAUUCAUAACCUGGUUAAACCAGAUUGCCCUUCAAGGGAAGACGAUUCAUGUCCAUUGUCCGUCAUUGCAUCAGAAUACAGGAAUGCCAAUGUGACAUGUGGAAGCACAUCAACAAAUCUUCAAAUAUGCAGAGUGACUUUACGCUUUGGCCAUGAGGUUCCUUUCUGUCAUUUGUCGAAAGCUGUGAUUCAUUUGUUUGAAUCUGAGCCAGGAAUAAGUUACAAUGGACACGUGACUCGAGCUGCCAUUUGUGGAAAUUCCUUCAGUGACAAUCCAUUGAAUUCUAUCACCAUGUGGACCCAAUUGAACAUACCUCAUGUUAACUUUUGCCAAACAAUAGUAGAGUCUAACAUCCUGACUUGUCAUGGCGGGAAAAAUAUGCUUGUGGAGCUUAAAGACUCGUGCGAUGUGGAGUCGUGUACACCCAGCCCGAAUGUGACAACCUCACAACCAAGCACCUCCACCUCAUCUGUGAAUGCAACCCUCACUACUGCUAAUGUCCCCGAGUCAGCUGAAAGCCAAGCCAAUGCACUGCUUGAGUUGACCAAAGACAUGUCCAAGCUGAACUCCAGCCAGGUGCGUCAGCUGGUGUCAAAGCUGGAGAGACUUUUGUCGGGCCCAACGGUCAGCUUUGCUCUCGGAAACAUCUCCGUCCACAUUGUCAGCAAUCUGCUCGGUGCCACUCCUGAGGUGCUGUCCGACUCCUCCAACAGCAUUAUAGGGGUUGUUGAUACCGUGGGGUUGAAGCUGGUCCUUGAUGGAAAGGUUGAGUACCUCCUGUCCUCCGCUGUGGCUCUGUCUGUGAAACCAGCAGAUGGCAGCAACUUCCAGGAAACAGUUUUCUCCAUCUCAGACCCUAAGACUGUACAGGUCCGUGGGGCUCCCAGCAGGCCCAGCAGGAAGGUGAGAGCAGACCCCCCCCUCCCGCAGGGCUCAAUCAAGCUGCCCCCCUCCCUCACUGAGGACCUGACCAGCCAGGAGCAGCAGCUGGUCUCCAGAGUCCAGUUCAAUUUCUAUCAGAAGGACACAGUUUACCAGGACAGCUCUUUGAGAGGCAAACGCAAACUCAACAGUGGGAUCCUGGGAGCGAGUGCGGCCAACCUGACAAUAGAGGAACUCCAAGAUGAUGUUGUAAUUCAGCUGAAGAACACAGAGCCUGUUCCAGCUAAUUUUGUGGCUAUCUGCGUUUUCUGGGACUUCACAUUCAAUAACGACUCAGGGGGCUGGAAUCCAAGAGGCUGCUCUGUCCGAAAAAGCACAGACAACGAGACGGUUUGUGGCUGCAACCAUUUGACAAGUUUUGCUAUCCUGCUGGACCUCGCCAGACAGCCUCUAACCAGCCGUACGCAGGCCACCAUCCUAACGUUUAUCACAUAUAUUGGCUGUGGAGUGUCGGCCAUCUUCCUCUCUAUCACCCUCCUCACCUACUUGGCCUUUGGGAAGUUGCGUAAGGACAUUCCCUCUAAGAUCCUGAUCCAGCUGUGCCUGGCUCUGCUUCUGCUCAACUUGGUCUUCCUGGUGGACGCCUGGCUGGCUCUCUACCCGGAGGCUGUGGGCCUCUGCAUCUCCACCGCCUGGUUCCUGCACUACUUCCUGCUGGUGACCUUCACCUGGAUGGGACUAGAGGCCGUCCACAUGUACCUGGCCCUGGUGAAAGUCUUCAAUAGCUACAUUUCCCACUACAUGGUGAAGUUCUCGCUCGUCGGCUGGGGCAUCCCGAUGAUUGUGGUCAUUAUUGUCAUCGCGGUUGACAAGGAUAACUACGGCCUUGUCUCCUAUGGAAGGUUUUCCGAUGGCACUAGUGAUGGAUUCUGCUGGCUGAAAAAUGACAUUGCUUUCUACGUGUCAGUGGUGGCCUAUUUCUGCCUCAUAUUUGUGUUCAACUUCGUCAUGUUCGUGGUGGUGCUGGUCCAGCUGUGUCGGAUAAAGAGGCAGAACCCUCACAAUUUGCAGCACCGCAGCAUACUGCAGGACAUGCGCAGCGUGUCGGGGAUCACCAUCCUCCUGGGACUUACAUGGGGCUUCGCUUUUUUUGCCUGGGGGCCCCUUAACCUGCCAUUCAUGUACCUGUUUGCCAUCUUUAACUCCUUCCAAGGUUUCUUUAUAUUUAUCUUCUAUUGUGUGGGGAAGGAGAAUGUGAGGAAGCAGUGGAGGACCUUCCUGUGCUGCGGCAGAAUGAGGCUGGCAGAGAACUCAGAAUGGAGCCGCACUGCGACACAGAAGACCGCAACGAAGUCAUCAGUGAACAGAGUCACAUCUCUUCAUUCCUCAAACUCGUCCCAGUUCAAUAACUCAUCCAGCUCUUCCUGUUUCCUGGUCAGCGACUCCUCAGAGCUCACUAAUGGCAUCAGUAGCCAAUUUGAAGACAAUGUGAUCACAGCAGAAGAAGACUACAGUACGGAUGUCGUCCUCAACGAGAUCAACAUGCAGUACAGAAACCAACAAACGCCCUGAUCCAGAAAGGACUUGACUGUUUUUCAUGGGUUUCUUAGGGCAAUUUUUGCCUUUAUUGAUACAGAUGGAUUGGAAAGGGGGAGAGAGGGGGGAGACAUGCAGCAAAGGUCCGCAGGUCGGAGUCGAACCCCUGCAGGGAGCGCUCAGCUAAAUCUCUACCGGGUUCGUUUUGGGCAGCCCAGAACUGAAUAUUGAAAGGCUCUUAUUUUUGAAAUACUUGUAUAUAAUGUUAAUAAAGACUAAUUUAUAUACUGUCCAUCUUCCUGUCACUUGUAUUAUAUGACUUGUAAUGAGCAAUCCUACAUUAUAGCACUUGAUUUUAACACGCUAUAUUUAAAUUAAAAUCUAUUGUAUCUGGAAGGAACCUGGAGAACCUUUAUUCCUUUGUAUAGGGAUGUUAUUGAGAGAAGUUGCUGAAUAAAAAUGGUACAUUGCACACACUGAUGUUGACUCAUUGUAAACUAUUCAAUAUUAGCACCUUGCUUUUUGAGUGUGGAAAUAAAUGAAGCAUGUUCACACUUGUGUCAGCAGGUUCAGUAGUUUUGGCAAUAUCAGGUGGAAACCUUCAUACAUCUAGCUGGAGCCAGUACCUUUUUCUCCGGGCCAUUUUUGCUUGAAUAAGACAAUUAUAGCCAAUUCAUAUUCCAUUAUAUAUAGUUGCAGAACAUACUGGUUUUCAAUACAACAGUGCCAACCUUUAUCAAUGGCUCGCACUGAAACUGAAUUAUUCUUAUUAUUUUACUACCCACUGUUUGUAUUGGCAUGUUCUCAAUUACAUUUAUUUUGGAGAAAAUAACAAAUCACACAUUUCCCCCUAAAACACAUUUAAUUGUAGAGGUCACAGAAAAUAACUCAAGUGGAACAGCAUUUGGUGAAAUUAUAUUGAAUAAAUAAAUGUAACCGAGUCCCACAGGGUUGAUCACGUGUAAACGUGCUGUGUACUGUAUAUGCAAGCUACAUUCACUGUCCUUUACAUGCACCUAAUACAGUAUUAAAAAAAAAAAA